AUUACUACCGUUUACCAAUGAUAUAGAUAACAUGUGCUCUAUACAUCAAUCUAUCUUCUUCAUUGGAUAAGGAUUUUUCAAACACUCUCAAAAGCCUUUGUGCUUUGUAACAAUGGCUUCUUCCAUUACCUCUUCUUUUCAUAUCAGCAAUUUUAAGUCUGCUUUUGUUGGCGAUAGAAGUAGGCUAAGAGUUUCAAGUGCUCCUGCUACUCAUGUUGGUCUCUCUAGAAAGAUCAUAGAAUGUAAGGAAUCAAGAAUUGGGAAACAACCCAUUCCUGUUCCAUCCAAUGUUACUAUCAAAUUGGAAGGGCAGGAUAUACAAGUGAAAGGUCCUUUAGGAGAGCUUUCGUUAACUUAUCCUCGAGAAGUCAAGGUUGAGAGGCAAGAGGAAGGGAUUUUAAAGGUCAGUAAAGCCUUCGAAACCAGAAGGGCGAACCAAAUGCAUGGGCUUUUCAGGACACUUACAGACAACCUGGUGGUUGGAGUAUCUAAAGGUUUCGAAAAAAAACUUCAACUUAUCGGUGUCGGUUAUCGUGCUAUGGUAGAAGGAAAUGAAGUAGUGUUGAAUCUUGGAUUUUCUCAUCCUGUAAGGAUGCCAAUCCCUGAUGGUCUAAAAGUGAAGGUGGACGAAAACACCAGAAUCACAGUUAGUGGAUAUAACAAGUCUGAUAUUGGUCAGUUUGCGGCUUCGAUUAGAAAAUGGAGACCCCCGGAACCGUACAAAGGUAAGGGUAUCAAAUAUGAAGAUGAAGUUGUAAGGAGAAAGGAAGGAAAGGCAGGGAAGAAGAAGUGAUGUAGGGUCUUAAUUUUCCCUUUUAAAUUUAUCUCUUGUUGUUUUUCAUUGUUUGUUAGUAAUGGAAUAUUACAUGUACUGAGCAAAAGAAAUUUUUAUUUAUUCUAUAUGCUAGCAUAAUUUGUGUUUA